AAGAUAAAAAGAUGGGUCAAAGGCAGAACGAUGAUCAUCACAAUGUUUCAAGUGGAUUUGACAUGCAAUUGAUCGGCAACUUUCUGAGCUUUGCUUCGAGGGGAGAUAGGGUCGGACUGAACCAGAUGUUGAGAGACGGUAUUUCGCCGGACGUUCAAGACUACGAUCGGAGAACCGCUUUGCAUCUCGCCGCCAGUGAAGGCCAUGCCCCUAUUGUCGAGCUGCUUCUGCUUUACAAGGCCAACGUCAACCUCAUUGAUCGAUGGAACCGUACUCCUUUAACAGAUGCAAGACUGUAUGGACAUCGAGAUAUAUGCAGAAUCCUAGAAGUAAAUGGAGGCAAAGAUAUAGAUGAUAAAGAAUUCAUCAAUAAUCAGCCAACCAUGAAUGAUCAAGCUCCAGUGACGGUCCGGCAUGAACCGGAUUCAAAUGAAGUAAUUGAUAUCUCAGAACUGGAUGUUAACAAGUCAUCGGUAAUUAAACCGCAGGGUGUAUAUGGUGAAUCCGAGAAGGUAAGAUGGCGUGGAACAUGGGUUGUUAAAACAGUGAUCAAAAGCCAGAUUCAACACCCUGUCAAAAUGAUAUUAUCUUCAAAGGAUAACACGUUGUUGCACGAACUUCGGCAUCCCAACAUAUUACAGUUCCUGGGUUCAAUCGUGCAAGGAGAGGAAAUGAUUUUGAUUACUGAAUAUCUACCGAAAGAUAACUUGGAUCUCAUACUGGAAAAGAAAGGUCGUCUCGACUUCCCCACUGCCUUGCGUUAUGCACUUGAUAUUGCUAGGGGGAUGAAUUAUCUUCACCAGCAUAAGCCAAAACCAAUAGUGCACAAUAAUUUGGAUCCAAGAAAUCUAUUGCAAGACGAGAGUGGGCACUUGAAAAUUGGGGAGUAUUGGGUUCAAAUGUUGUAUGAACAAAUACGUCCAAAUCAAGGGAGUUCUCAAAUAGAUGAAAAUUAUGACACCAAGAAAGAUGUUCGUGCAUUUGGGUGCAUACUUUACCAGAUGUUAGAAGGAAGAGAUGUCCUACUUGACAUCGACUUUUGUAAAAACAUUAAUUCUGUUGAUUUGGAAAUUAAGUUUCCAAUAAGUCGAUGCCCAAGAAGAAUUCAAGAACUUGUACAAGAAUGCACAAGUAAUGAUCCUUCAAAGAGGCCACCCUUUUAUGCCGUCAUUGGAACUUUAGAGGAAGCCUCAAACGGUAUGGGAAGAGCGUGUAUCGGACAAUACUGUGCCUAA